UCUGUGCCGCUCUGUUUUCCUUGCUGGCAGUGAUAUCUAGAUGGCUUCAUAACUCCUGGAUAUCAUACGAAGUCAUUGUCUACCACUCGCUCCACCGACGGAGACACCAUAAUCACCAUCAUCAUCGUCAUCGUCAAGUCUCACCAUGCGACCACGAUCAGUAAAACCGUCUUUCUACUCUCCGUUUCCUUUCCAUGCCGUUCGCCUGCUCAUCCUCCUGUCCGCCAUUGUUGUCGUCCUCAUCCUUAUCGUCUUUAUCGUGCAACUGCAUAGCAAGUCGUUGAGCCUUCCCUGGCCGUUUGUCGUGCAAAUCGCUGCCUCUGCCCUUUCCAUCAUAGAGAUCACUCUCACGACUCUCCUCUAUUGCGCUCAUGGCCUCAACCCCCGCUUCUCUCUCACCCUCAACUCCAUCCUCUUCGUCCUCUGGGCCAUCUGUCUAGGCCUUCUCAGCUAUGCCAUGGCCAACACCAUCAUGACCUCCUGCACGACCGCAUACUGGGGCACAUCAACCGGAAUCAGGAUCUGUCGCACCUACAAGGCUCUGUUUGCUUUCACCGCUCUCGCCGUCGUGGGCCAUCUCACCGCGGCCUUCCUCGACGUCAUCGCCCGUAACCGCGAGACCCAUCGCGGGAAGUACGGCCGCAUGUCUGUCGGCGAUGUCAAGCCCGAUGAGCAAAGCGAUAACUCACUUAUUUCUGAUGGGGAUCUGUAUCACAGACUUUCGCCGCUUCCAGCGCAGCAUAAUGCCCAGCCCUCCAGAGUGACUCCACCGCCGGCGUAUCACACUGCGGAACCGUAUAAUACCGUUGAUCUUGCGGAGAGACAUCAUGCCGGGGAAGCGGCGGAGUAUUACGAUGCGACUGUUUCAUAUUCCAAUGCUGGUUCUCGCGGUCGUGGUCGUGGGCAUGUCCGUACGGAUACGGGGGAUAGCGAGUCGUAUUACGGUGAAUAUGGUCAUUCUUCUGAAGCGAGCAGGCUGGUUCCGGGUUCGAAUCAUUAUUGA